AGCGGACGGAGCGCCUGACGACGUGGUGGCGUGUGCGGUGUCUGGCUUGACCGACGAUGGCUGCUCCUUCGGCUGGCCGCCCCUCGGGCUCCUGCUCCGUGCACUGGUUCCGGCGGGGUUUGCGGCUGCACGAUAACCCUGCGUUGCAGGCGGCCAUCCGAGAUGGCGGUUCCGUGCGGUGCAUCUACAUCUUGGACCCCUGGUUCGCGGCAUCCUCUGCUGUUGGCAUCAACCGCUGGCGGUUUUUGCUGCAGUCCCUGGAGGAUUUGGAUAACAGUUUAAGAAAGCUAAAUUCUCGCUUAUUUGUAGUCCGAGGCCAGCCAACAGAUGUUUUUCCAAGGCUGUUUAAGGAAUGGGGGGUGACCCGUCUCACCUUUGAAUAUGACUCGGAGCCCUUUGGAAAAGAGAGAGAUGCGGCUAUAGUGAAGUUAGCCAAGGAAGCUGGAGUAGAGGUGACAACAGAGAAUUCGCAUACCCUGUAUGAUCUGGACAGGAUAAUUGAACUGAAUGGGCACAAGCCUCCUCUCACCUACAAGCGUUUCCAGGCCAUCAUUAGUCGCAUGGACCUACCCAAGAAGCCAGUGGCUACUGUAACAAAUCAGCAAAUGGAAAGAUGCAAGACAGAGAUACAAGACAAUCAUGAUGAAACAUAUGGAGUUCCAUCUUUGGAGGAGCUGGGCUUUGCCACCGAGGGUCUUGGCCCAGCUGUUUGGCAAGGAGGAGAAACUGAAGCCUUAACUCGCUUGGAUAAGCAUUUGGAAAGAAAGGCAUGGGUUGCGAAUUAUGAAAGGCCAAGAAUGAACGCCAAUUCAUUGCUGGCCAGCCCCACAGGGCUCAGCCCCUACCUUCGGUUUGGCUGCUUGUCCUGCCGCUUGUUCUAUUAUCAGCUUUGGGAACUAUACAAAAAGGUGAAACGGAACAGCACUCCACCGCUUUCACUGUAUGGACAGUUACUCUGGAGAGAAUUCUUUUAUACAGCUGCCACAAACAAUCCCAAAUUCGACCACAUGGAAGGGAACCCAAUCUGUAUUCAGAUUCCAUGGGACAGGAAUCCUGAAGCGUUGGCAAAGUGGGCAGAAGGCAAGACAGGAUUCCCCUGGAUUGAUGCCAUCAUGACUCAAUUGAGACAGGAGGGUUGGAUACAUCACUUGGCCCGGCAUGCGGUAGCUUGCUUUCUUACCAGAGGUGACCUGUGGAUUAGCUGGGAGUCAGGCGUGAGGGUAUUUGAUGAACUCCUCCUGGAUGCAGAUUUCAGUGUGAAUUCAGGCAGCUGGAUGUGGCUUUCAUGCAGUGCUUUUUUCCAACAGUUCUUCCAUUGCUAUUGUCCUGUUGGCUUUGGCCGUCGUACAGAUCCCAGCGGCGACUACAUCAGGCGAUAUCUGCCCAAAUUGAAAGGCUUUCCUUCACGGUACAUCUAUGAGCCCUGGAAUGCACCUGAGUCUGUGCAGAAAGCAGCGAAAUGUGUCAUCGGGAUAGACUAUCCCAGACCCAUGGUGAACCAUGCAGAGGCCAGCCGACUGAACAUUGAGCGUAUGAAACAGAUAUACCAGCAGCUCUCACGCUACAGAGGCCUUUGUUUGUUGGCCUCUGUUCCUUCCUGCAUGGAGGACCUCAGCAACCCAGUCACAGACCCUUCUGCAAACCAGGGAAGUUGCCCCAGUACAAUGCUAAGACAGAUCCAGUGUGGCCAGACUUCUCCAAAACGGAAGCAUGAUGUGGUAGAGGAACACAAUGAAGAGAUGUACAAACGGGCAAAGGUGAUGGCUCUGCAGCUUCCAAACACCUCACAACAAGAAUUUGUGCAUCCAGAAAUGGGUAAUUGACAAGACAAAAAUCAUAUAGUGGAAUGGCCGCUGCAGUUACAAAGAAGAAAUUCACAAGAACAUUGACCAACAACUUUACCUGUUGAAUGUGUAACAACAGAGAAGCUGCCACACAAGGAUUCCUGUGCAGGAUGCAGUGAGAAAGUUUUCUCAAUAAACAGAAGCCUUAGAGAACAAGUCUCUAGCUCUUCUGAAAGACAUUUGAAAUUGGCUAAGAAAAGACUUGGGAUACGACUUCUCAUUCCUAAAUUUAUUCCAGGUACCUUCACCAAGGUACACUUGUUGCUCCAUUUAGAGCAUCUCUUAAUUUCUCAACUUUGUUGGGUAUCAGAUCCUGAGAGAUGAACCUUGCAAGACCAUGAUGCCCACCAUAGUUCUGGGGAUGCACCUAUUAAACACUCCAAACAGUCUUUUGACAUUCAAACAGAAGUAACAUAAUGCACCAGAUGAGUCCACAAGUAACAGCAAUGACAAAUUUGCCCUGGGGGCUGUAACAAAAAUAUUUGGAUGGUGAGAAUGGCAGCAAUGUUUCUGUAAACCUGAAAGUCCAUUAUGGCUCUUCCACCCUAUCAUAUUCUUGUUCCAUUCUGAAAAGAAGUAUUCUAAAUGCAUGAUUUUCCUGUGGGAAAGGCCAUGUGUUGUGAUUCUGAAGGAGCAUAGGCUCUAGUACUGGCCAGAGAAAUAAGCUUCCAUAAAAAACCUCAGCUUUCAUUUUUCUCCCUACAUUUGCAAAGAUGGGCUUGAAAGCAAAGCCAGAUUCAUUCCUCAGUAACAUUUCUUGUGGGUAGAAGGCAUCACUUUAAUGUACUAAAUAGUUUUUUGCCUCGCCCUAUCACUUGCACAGGUGGAAUAAAUUAAGCAAGAGUUUGCCUAUGUGCUUCAUAUGCAUCGUUUACAGUUCACGAAACUGCUUUUCAUGCAAAAUUUGGGUUUCUUUAGCAUUUUUUUCAAUGCACAGAAUUGCAGGUUUGUGAACAUCUUUUUUGUAAAUGGGUUUCUCAGAAGUGAUGCUUAGUUUAGGAAGAGUUUUCCAACCUUAUAACAGCCUGGAUUUUCCUUCUUUACUGUAAGAAGUUUGUGGCAUAAAUUUGAACAAUGUCCAUUGUGGUGCUUUUGUGAAGUCAGCACCAAAGUUAAGCGAGACUGAAAGACCUUUGCUGUAUGCAUUUUUCCCACAAUCCUCUUCUGAAGUGGUUAAUCCUUCCCAGUUGUAGGUUGUGGUGCAUUUAGACCUUCUUUUAGAAAUAUCCCCCGAAUCCUGUACCCUGCAUGUAUUGCCUUCAAUUUACUGAACUCUUGGAAUUCUAGCUGGACGACAUCACUCCUUCAGAUUAUUGAUCGUGUUCCUUUGUUUUCAGCAUAGCCUUGGCAGGGUUGUGGGUCCCCUCAAAGCAGUGGGAAAUACCAUGUUUGUGACCUUGAGAAGAGGUUGUUUCAUGUAGCUGGUACCAUGCAGUGGAGUAAGCUGUCUUGUAUAGAGCACUUCCACACUUCGUUAGAUACCAAGAAGAUCAUAACAGAUAAUAUUACUUAACUUCAUGAAGCUGUAAAAUGCCCUGAUCUGUUUCCUUAUGGGAUCGAGUUUGUAAAAAUUGAGGACUUGUGUCACUGGACCACUGAAGACUGGAAAUAUGACUGGAGAAAAGAGUUGGUAAAACCUGAAGUGUGGAAGAUUUGGGAAAGUUCUAUCUUUCUAAGAGUCUCUUUCUCUGACCCUCCCUAAGAUGCACAUUCAGGGAAAUCUUUGGGCGCAUUUCUAAGGCAGAUAAGCUUUUCAGGCCUCAUAUUGGUGUCCUUAUUUCAUAAGCCAUCAAGUUCCUCCUCAGAGAAAAGUUGAGCAUAAUCCAUAUUAUUUGGUAUUCAGUUUCUUUCUGAAUAUUUAACAGCAGGAGGUAGCCCUGUUCCCUACCACAGAGUAGGAAAGAAAUGCACUUUUUACACUUCAAAUUCAAACUGUGACUUCUCUACCUUGAAAUGUUUUCCUACUUUUACAGGUGUUGUGUUGUAACUAUUAACUUGUUUUAUUAAGUUGUUUUAUAAAUGUCUUUACCCCUCUA